AUGAACUCGAUCAUGUUGGGACCCGCCAAGCGCAUAAUGAUGUGCAAGCCAACUCAUUAUCAGGUUCAAAUCAAAUUUUCGUCGGAAACCAGGUAGAUUACAGGUAAAAUACCAAAUAAACCCGUGGAUGAACGUCAAGCGUCGGGCCGACAACGAGAGGGCUCAGAAACAGUGGCUGGAACUCAAAGCGACCAUUGAAAAGUGUGGCGCCACCGUGGAAGUGAUGGAGCCGGAGGUCUUUGACCAAGAAGAGACCAUCGAAAUGGAAUUUUGAGGGAGCUGAGAACCUGCCGGACAUUGUGUUCUGCGCCAACGCCGCCAUAAUUCGUGGAAAACGAGCCUAUGUUUCGCAUUUCGCUCACAGACAACGCGAAGGCGAACACGUCUUCUACGAGAAAUGGCUCAAGUCGAAGGGCUAUCAGACCUUCUACAACGACAAUAUUCGUCAUGAAGGUACGUGAAAGGCGGAUUUUUACGGAAGAAUUUUUGAAAAAGCAUCAAAAAAUCUCUGGCCGUUCCCGACGUUUCUCAAAUCGUAUAGUCUUUCUGCCGCGACUUGACAGUUUUCGGAUGUCUGCGUCUCUCUGUUCCCUCACCGGCGAGGUCAGGAAAAUAGCAUGUAAACAUGAAAGAAACGUCGAGAGAUAGGGAGGGCGCAGAGAAGACCCAAGCCGCGAAAAACGGACUAAAAUCUUUCUCAAAUCGCAUCGAAACUCAUCCAGCUCAAGACUUUUCAUGGACCACUGACAUCAACUUUCAGGAACUGGAGAUGCUCUUUGGUGCUCCCAGGGGAUGAAUACGCUGAUCAGUGGCGUCGGAACUCGUUCCGACAUGAGAGCCGCCGCCGACAUCCGCACGAAGAUGAACCAAGAGGGCAAGGACGACUUUCAGGUCAGACGUUCUCAUGUGGCUUCUGAAGCUUCAAAAGAUUCUGAUAAGCUCAGAGUAUUCAGAAUCGCUUGGGAGACACAGAACAUCUUGAGACUUGACAGGAAUGAACUAUGAAUUUCUCGUUCCAGGUGGUGUGCGCCCGACUCGUCGACCCUCGCUUCUACCACAUCGACGUCUGCUUCUGCCCGCUGAACGAGAAUCUGGCCCUCUUCUAUCCCAACGCCUUCGACCCCGUCUCGCAGAACAACAUGAAGAAUUACACGACUAUGCUCGAGGUAAGGAAAAGUGGCUGUUUUUUGAGAUUUUAGUACGCUCCAACGCCAAUUGGCUCUAAAAAAAUCCCAAGGAACCCAAAAAACUAUACGAAGGCUUCUUCUUUAAAGCCGAAUCCCUUUAGGUACCCGAAAAAGACGCUCUGAAAUUCGCGUGCAACGCCGUCGUCAUCGGGAAGAACGUCAUCCUUCACGAAGGGGCCAAGGAAACGGAAAAGGUCCAGGAGAUUCUUGAAGCUCAAAAACUUGUCGUUCAGAUGCUGGAGAUGAACGGCUUCAUUCCGCACGCCGUCGACAUGUCCGAAUUUCUCAAAGCCGGCGGCUCCUCCAAGUGUUGCACGCUUCGUUUAGAAUAA